AUGUCGUCACACCGAAUUUUGAUCACCGCGCCUGAGGUGUACUCGAAGCGCUUCGCGCAGGCCUUGGAGGCACGCUCCCUAAUCCCUAUGGCGGUUCCGGUGGUCGAGACUGUCGCGACACCGGACACGGCAGACAUGCGGGCACUGCUGGAGCAGGACCUCAACGGUAUCGACUACAUCGCUUUUUGCAGCCGGUGCGCCGUUGAUUCGCUGAGCGCCGCCCUGGACCACCGAUACGGCCAUCGCGGCGAGCCGGUGUCGGAGCGCGUCGGCAGCACACCCGCGGUGGACGAGGACAGGCGGGCAACGACUGUAGUGAAGGUUCUCGCCAAGUGCGCUCUGGCUGCGAUCGGCAAAGACGCUGACUACGUUCUCGAGCGGCUGUGCAUUCGCCCGGUGAUAUGCCCAGAUGAACCGAGCCCUGCUGGUAUCGCCGCAAAGCUGGCGGAGAGUGGCCGCGCGGAGGGUCGCACGAUCGCUGUGCUGGCGCCGUGUGUGGAGGGCUUCGCGGAACCGGAUGUGGUGCCGCGGUUUGUCGACCAGCUCAAGGGAAUGGGGAUGAGGGUGGUGCGGGUCGACGCGUACGUGACGCGUCCCGUGGGCGAAGAGGCCGUCUCUGCCGCCGUUGCGGCGCUGACGAAUGGGAGUGUUCGCAGCGUCGCCUUUACCAGCGCUGGCGAGAUCGCUGUAUUGCUGCGCCGCUCGCCUCAGUGCCUGAUGAACAUCGAUGUGGCUUGCUUUGGCCCAUACACUGCCGGGUUUGCAGCGAAGCAUGGCAUCAAAGUCUCGUGUGUGGCGAAGGAUUUUGGGUCGUUUGACGGGUUCGCCGCCACCAUCGAGCAGCAUUUCGCGAGUAGAUGA